UCUCCAAGGCGUUCCUGGAACAGCUGGAGGCCGGGGAAUUGAGUUGAGAUGUGUUACAGGGACACCGACACAUUGGAGUUCGGUGGAGGAUUUGAUACCCAUAGACACACAAGAUGCCAGAUGCGGCAGCUCAUGACCGUUCACGAUUCCCAUUUUGGUUCCAGAUAGCCCCUCGAUACAGACCAAACCAGCCCUCGCAGCCUCAUUGCUCCCCUCCGCCAAAUCUCGCAAAUCGCCCACGCCCUCAAGCCACGCCUGACAAAGCCAUUCCACUCCGGUCUUUAUGUUCCCUUUUACGAUCUCAUUCGAGCACGGCUUGGCCUCAGCCGCACGCUAGCUCCCCAAGCUGACCUUUGUUCUGGCUUCCGGUGAAAAGGAAUCCCCCAAAUCCCAAGAACGCCUCCAAAAGAGCCUACAAUGAACUGUUCCCCCUUGCAUACAAACUGUUUCGCGGUUUGGUGGUUGAUAGAGAAUAGCCGUUGCGGAUGAGACGGUACCCGCCGCGUAAUGCAGGCUAUCCAAAUUUAGCACUGGUGGAGUGAAUGGGUGGUGCUGUGGCU